AGCGGCGCCGCCGCCAAGCUCCGUCCGCGUGCCAGUCGAGUCAGGGAAGGAGGCGUCCGGGCGGGCGCGGCAGCGAUGGGGAACGCCGUAGCUCGGGAGGACUUCGAGUGGGUUUAUACGGACCAGCCCCACGCCGAUCGCCGCAAAGCGAUCCUAGCUAAACAUCCAGAAAUAAAAACUUUAAUGAAGCCAGACUACAACUUGAUCUGGGUGGUUGUACUGAUGGUUCUUGGGCAGUUGAUUGCAUUUUAUCUAGUUAAAGACUUGGACUGGAAAUGGGUUAUGUUCUGGGCGUACGUUUUUGGCAGCUGCAUCAGUCACUCAAUGACUCUGGCUAUUCAUGAGAUCUCUCACAAUAGUGCCUUUGGCAACUGCAGAGCUAUGUGGAAUCGGUGGUUUGGAAUAUUUGCCAAUCUCCCUCUUGGCCUCCCAUACUCUAUAUCUUUCAAGAGAUACCACAUGGAUCAUCAUCGCUAUCUAGGAGGUGAUGGAAUUGAUGUGGACAUUCCUACUGACUUUGAAGGCUGGUUUUUCUGUACUCGUUUUAGGAAGUUCAUAUGGAUUGUUCUUCAGCCCUUUUUCUAUGCUAUUCGACCUCUCUGCAUUAAUCCCAAACCAAUUUCUCGAUUGGAAAUCAUCAACUUGUUGGCUCAGCUCUCUUUUGAUGUUGUAAUAUACUACUACUUGGGAAUUAAAUCAGCCUUCUACAUGCUUGCAGGAUCAAUACUUGGACUGGGGUUGCACCCAAUUUCAGGACACUUCAUAGCUGAACAUUAUAUGUUCUUAAAGGGACAUGAGACUUACUCCUAUUAUGGGCCACUUAAUUUGCUCACUUUUAAUGUUGGCUACCACAAUGAACACCAUGACUUUCCCAAUAUUCCUGGCAAGAACCUUCCAUUGGUGAAGAAAAUAGCAGCUGAAUACUAUGAUCAUCUUCCACAAUAUAACUCCUGGAUAAAAGUGCUUUAUGACUUUGUGAUGGAUGACACAAUCAGCCCUUACUCGCGCAUGAAAAGGAAAUUAAAGGGUGAUGUGAAACAGGAUUAAACUUCUGCCAACCAAAAGACUCUGCAAAGCAAGAUCUGGGAUAUUUUCAAGUAGCUGGUACAAGGAAUUCUUGCUAAAGAAGUUUAUUUGUAUCCUGAAUUAUUAAACUUCAGACAUCUACAAGAAUGCAUUAGUGUAUCCUAAAACAGACCUCUUCAGACCAAUUAGACUACCAUUCUAAUUAGACAUUAGCCUAAACAUUCUAACAGUCAUUGGUGUAACUAAUAUACAAAACACAUGAUUUAAUAUGCUCAAUCUAUGUGUAAAAUAGUAUUUAAGUUUGUUUUAGAAUAUGUAUUUCACAGCUAACAAAUCUUGUACUCAAACACCUGUUUCUGGCUUGUCUAGACCUAUAAAAGAUACUUCAAAAUAUUUACACUUCUGGCUUGUCCUGUGCUGCCCAUUCCAUGCUCAUAACUUAGUCAAUUAUAGUAUUAAAGUUCAUACUUGAUAAAGUUAAUUCUAAGCUAACAUUAACUUAAGUCUUGUUUCAUUAAAUGUGGUUUCAACUUAUUUCUGUCUCAACUUCUUGGAGGUGGGCAGUAGGGGAGAAAAUAACCAUCUAAACAGCAGUUAGUCAGUGAGUGAAUCUGUCUUGUUGGCUCAUUCACUGCUGAACCAAAGCAGUGGCAGAUCCAGGUUUAUCAGUAAUGACAACUGUACUACCACUAUUAUUGAAAACUAAUUCAUGAGGCUGAGUAUCAGGGGGUAGCUGUUAGUCUGUAUCCACAAAAACAACAGGGAGGCCCGUGGCAUCUUAAAGAUUAACAGAUUUGUUGGGGCAUAAGCUUUUGUGGGCUAGAACCCACUUCAUCGAAUGUGUGGAGUGAAAAUUACACGUGCAGACAUUAUUAUACUGACACAUGAAGAAAAGGGAGUUACCUCACAAGUAGAGACAGGGCCAAUGAUGGUGCUGCUGUUCUCUCUCCUCUCCCCCUACUUACCAUUAAAAAAAAAAAAAUUAAAUUCCCAAGCUGCCUCUAGAUAGCCAGUCCCCAGUUGUGGAUUGCUAAAAUCAGGUAGCCUGGACUUAACCCUACCCCUUUCAAAGAGGGAUCCUUAUGUCAUUAGCAUUUCCCAUUGGUUAGUGUAGGUGCUCCCUGCCUAGUGUGCUUGUUUCUGUGGAUCGUAUUCUAAGAUGCCUAUCUCUUCCCCAUUCAUUGGGUAGGCAGCCUGGGGGUCUAACUCAGCUUUGGCAAUUGGUGUUCCUGGGAUUGUUUAGGCAUCUGACAUUAGCUGCUGUGAUGCUCUACAUUGCAAUGCCUGAGUCUCUUCAUGGAUCCCACCCUUAGGACUGCCCUUAUAAUUGACACAUUUUAUGACUAAUACCUAUUCCAUCUAGAAAAUAUAAUUACUUCAAAUAAUUAGGAAAAAUAUCACCUGAUGUAUUCAGAUGGCUAGGUGCCUCCUGAACAGGGAAAUAUAGCUAUUGUAACCAGUUUCUUGGUCAUUUGUGCACAUUUAAUGAUGUAGUUAAAAUAGAGAAUUAAAAACUAAACUGCAUUAAUACAAAAUCCUUUCCCAUAUAUUGUUGGUUAGUAUCUAUUUAGAAAUACGUCUGGAGAACAGGAAGUGGGCUCUGUAAAUUUCUGCAUCUUCUAAUCCUGCCUCUCUCCUUUUCACUGCCUUCUCUCUUUUUU